GUUAUCAUCUUGUUCCAACAAACAAAAGCUCCGUAGAGACGGACACAGAAAAGAAAAGCCUCAAUGAAUCUCCAAGCUCCAUCUACUAUCUCCACUCCACUUUACCGGCUCUUCCCUUCGCCGAACUUCAAUUAUUCGCUCAAAUUCUGCCGUAGAACGACGUCGUCGGAGCUUCAUUCGCCGGUAGCCGGUGACUCUUCGCCGUCCGUUCGAACUCACAGAGUUACCGUUCACGACAGACAACGUGGACUCGUCCACCAGUUCUUCGUUCCCGAGGACCAGUAUAUACUACAUACUGCUGAGUCUCAGAAUAUAUCGCUCCCUUUCGCUUGCAGGCAUGGUUGUUGCACUAGCUGUGCUGUUCGGAUAAAAUCUGGGCAAAUUAGACAGCCUGAAGCAUUAGGGAUAUCUGCGGAGUUGAAAUCUAAGGGGUAUGCACUUCUUUGCGUGGGCUUCCCCUCCUCCGAUAUUGAAGUUGAAACACAAGAUGAGGACGAGGUGUAUUGGCUUCAAUUUGGAAGAUAUUUUGCCAGAGGACCUGUAGAAAGGGAUGACUAUGCAUUAGAGUUAGCUAUGGGCGAUGAAUAACAGAAUAUGUUGCGUUGGAUACUGAAUUAGAAGUGAGGUUUUAUGAGUGAAACAUGAAGAUGUAUAAUUUUCCCCUCCCCUUUCAUAUCUUUGUUUUAUUCUUUUAUCAAUCAAUCCUGUAACCUCCAUUUUGCACUUAAAAUGUACUAUGAUUUCUCUGAGUAGACAUUCCAUGCUGUCUAUGGCUCUCCCAUGGAACUGAAUGUUGUUUUUCUGGGAGACUUUAAAGCAGUUAUUCUUGCCUUCGUUUGUUGA